CGUUCUCUCAGUCGGUGUCUUGAUGCGCUCGUAAUCAGAUGCUGUGCUGUGUCCCGAAGAGACUCGCGGACGGGGGCCCGUUCUACGACGAGGCCCUGUUCCACGACGGGAUCUUGUUUCAUGACGAGACCGAUAACAGUCCACCACCAUCGUCUAUUCGUAAGAUUCAAAUCGAGCUGUUUCCCGAAGAUGCGCCGUCGCCGAUCUUGUUUCCGUGCGCGAUUUGCGCGCGGACCUUCACGUCGCAGUCUUUGGAGAAGCACACGAGGAUAUGUGAGCGCGCCGCCGCCAAAAAGCGCAAGCCCUUCGACUCGGCUAAGCAGAGAAUCCAAGGUACUGAGUUGGCUGAAUUCCAGCCUAAGCAGGAGAUCCGGCGACAUCAGCAGGACGAGAGGUCCAGGUCCACCUGGAAGAAGACUCACGACGACUUCCUGCGGACGAUUCGUGAGGCACGCGGCGAUGUUAUGGAUUCGCGCAACCAAUGCAAUUCGCUGAUCUCGUCGGGUGCACCAACACGCGCCAACGAGAAGGGCACAUGCCCAACGUGUAACCGACAGUUCGGUAUCAAAGCCUAUGAUCGUCAUGUGGCUUGGUGCAAAGACAGAGUUAUCCGAAUGCCGGUGAGUCCGGCGACCAAUCUGGCAAAGGAACGAUUAGAGGCACGUAUGAGGUACAGGGCACCGACUUUGAAAAACCGUCGAGCUAUCAAUCGUGAAAAAUACAGCCCAGGCUCGGCAGCGAACCAGGCUGCCAAGGUUUCAUUGUCAUCACCGGCGCUCGUUAAACCAAAGGAGACUAUAUCGAGUGUCAGUUGCAAUCGAGAGAGUCCUGUCAAGCAGAAACCUGCUAUUAUGAGACGUCCUGGACAACUCAAGGACUCCCCUCCUUCAUCCGGACCUAUAAAGUCACGCCUUGCCGAUCGUAUGAAUAGGAAAAUUGAAUUGGAGACACGUCCCGCUUGGUGCAAUUAUGUACGCAGAAGGCCAGACUUUAAUCUCGUGCUUAAGGCUAGAACCGGCAUUUGCAAGGACUACGAUCCCUUUCUGCUGGCCGAACAGCAGAUGAAUGACCUACUGUCGGACACGAGUGAUCAGUCUAUGACGGGGAGUCCCAAAGUCCAGCAAACUCGUGAUACCCUUUAUCCUCUCUCGCACUCCUCCGCCUUUGUAAAAUAUCCUCCUACCGACAAGAGAUCGUCCCUUAUAGCCCCACCUACUGAAUUCGAUGACCUUUUAUCCAAUUUUUCAAGUGACUCCACCGAAACCAAUUCUAUUUCGCGCGAGGUCUUCUUGAAGCCUAAUCUCACGGGCAAAGAUGCGACAGAUUCCGCGACCUCAAAACCUGUUAGAGAAUUGGGCAGACGAGUUAUUAUCGAUAAAUCGAAAGCACUGGGCGUCGACGAGCGUCGCGGUGUCGUCAGCGCGGAUAGGCCGCGUAAAAUCUUUGACAAAGACACGCUGAGGAAUACAGGAUCAUUAAUCAACCGGUCCAACUCGAUCCGAGCCUCGUCCGCGCCCAGAAUCAACUCGGGUUCCGACAGAAAGACCUUAGGCGAUAUAAGAAAGGGUUCCAAGAAAGUUGAGAGUCAGAGAUCGUCUGAUCAGAGUCUCAAUCAAAGAAACAAUAAUUACUCGUCCCUAUCCGGCAGUAACCUCAGUCUCAAUUCGAUCAUCUCCUCCUCGGAGCUAGAUGUUAAGCGAUCGAACUCGAUGUUUGACGAGUUGAUGACAUCCUUCGAGGAGGAUACGUUUCCCGGAUUAAAAUCCUUCCUCAAUAAUGAAUCCUUCGACCUGUCCAGCCCCGGCGGCGACAGACAACGAAAUGGCAGCCUGAUCAGCGACGAGGAACUAUCCUCUCCCGACAGCUACAAGCCACAAGAUCAUAGCAAGCUCAGUAAUGACUCCGCCUACAGCAGUUUAAAUCGCAAAUAUUCGCAUCAUGGACGCAGCACCAACGACGUGAUCGACCGUCUCGACGAGGACGUGCCCGGAAAUGGGACAUCACCGAUUCAAACGAUGACCAAGUGCAAGAUGUCCAAGUUCUGUCACGAAUGUGGUCAGCGAUUUCCAGAAACCGCCAAGUUUUGCUGCGAGUGUGGCGUUAAAAGGCUUGCGUUGUGAAACAUAACAUUGUUUUUCGAGAGUCGUUGCUAUCACAUUGUAUUUUGAUAUUCGAACUAAAGAAAAAAUAUGACCAGAAAGAUAUUCUCUGGAUAAAAGUGUACAUUCUAAUUCUCUGGCUGAAAGUGUACAUUCUAAUUUUUUUAUUUCAAAAAAGAUUUUCUCGAGAUCAAGAAUAUAUUUUCCGAAGAGAAGAU